CUUCACAAGACCGUGCACCAAACAGAGCAGAGCAGAGCAGAGCAGAGCAGCGCCGAAUCACACAGCGCGUGGCCCUCUCUCCUCCGGUCCGCCAUGGCGACCGCCGGGGCGUCGAGGAGCGCGGCGGCGGAGGAGGACAAGAGCGACCCGGCGAGGCCCCUCGCGCUCGCCUCCCCGACGGUGUACCCGGCGGCCGGGGACGCGGAGGAGGAGGAGGCGGCGCAGACGGCGACCGGGUGGCGCUCCGUGUCGUACCUCCGGAAGCGGCGCCGGUGCCUGCUGUGCUGCGGCGGCUGCUGCGUCACCACCACGGUGGUCGUCGGCAUCAUCAUCCUGGUGCUCGCGCUCACCGUCUUCAAGGUCAAGGACCCGCGCAUAACCAUGAACAACGUCUGGCUCACGGCCAUCAGCUCGGGGUCCGGGACGGGGGUCACGAGCCCCGUCGCCACCAACGCCACCAUCACCGCCGACGUCUCCAUCAAGAACCCCAACGCUGCGGCGUUCCGGUUCUCGCGCUCCGCGACGGACGUCUACUACAAGGGGCAGACGAUCAGCGUGGCGUACGUGCCCGCCGGCAAAGUCGGCGCCGACCGGACGCUGAGGACGAACGUGACCGUCGACCUCCUCGCCGACCGCCUCGCCAGCGCCAUGAACACCACGGGCCUCAUCUUCGGCCAGGAGUACGACAUCACCACCCACACGGAGAUGAACGGGAGGGUCAGUAUAUUGGGGAUCAUCAAGAAGCACAUCGGGAUCAAGCUCAACUGCACCAUCGUCAUCGAGGUCGGGGGCGCGGCCGCGGCGAUCCAGUCAGGGGUCCCCUCCACCAUGCAGAGCAAGGGCGUGGAUUGUAUUGCAGAUGUGUCCAUGUGAGUCGAUUAGCGAACUGCGAGUAUGCUUUUAAUGUCUAUUUUCUUCCUUAUAGUGGUCUUACUCCUUUUCAUUUUCGCUCUAUUUUGCUGGCAACCGGCAGCAGUGGCCCCAGCCAGCCGAACAAAGCGUUUAUAGAUCAGUUCUACACUGUUAUUUAGGUUGUAUAAAUACCAUGUAUGUUAUGUUUUCAUGCUUAAAUUGCUGCAUAUUUUACUAUUUGAGUCC